CAGGCACCGCCCUCGGGAGCCGCCCGCCCUUCCGGGCCGGCGGGCGCCAUGGGUGGCGGGCGGCUGUGGGUGAGGGUGGCACACACGGCCCUCAGCUGUGGGCUGGCGCUGGGGCUGUUCCUGCACCGCACAGAUCUGCAAAAGCAAGAGGAGCGCGGGGAGCUGCUGCAGCCGCUGAUCUUCGUCUCGCUGGUUUUGUGCUCGAUCCUGCUGUACUUCAGGGUGUGUCUCAUGGACCCAGGUUUUGUUAAGGCUGAAGAGGAAGAGAAGGCAGAGAAGAGUGAAGAACAAAGUGUGGUCAUACCUCUGGUUCCAAGUAAUGUUAAGCUGCGGCGUUGUGGUUACUGCAUGGUGAAGCAGCCGAUGCGAGCCAGGCACUGCCAGCUGUGCCAGCACUGCGUGCGGCGCUACGACCAUCACUGUCCCUGGAUUGAGAACUGCAUAGGAGAAAAGAAUCACCCCUUCUUUAUAGUCUACCUGAGCGUGCAGCUUGUUGUGCUGGUGUGGGGAGGUCAGGUUGCUUGGUCAGGCCUCUACUUUGAACUGUCCUGGGAGUGGCUGAAUCACAACAUUUUCCUCCUCACAUCCUUUCUCCUGAUAGUUAUAUUCACCAUUGUUGUUGUGCUGCUGCUCAUUUCACACCUCUAUCUGAUCUCAUGCAACACCACCACCUGGGAAUUCAUGUCACAUCAUCGCAUCUCCUACCUGCGACACUCUGAGUUGGAGAAUCCCUUUGACCAAGGGGUCAUCCUCAAUCUCUGGAGAUUCUUCUGUUCAUGCCACCUGACUGCAUGGGAGAAAAUCUAUUUUCACAGGAACAAUGAGCCUGUCUAGUCACAGCAGCACCUACCUGGUAGAGUGCCAACACAUCUGCUGCGUAAAGCUUUGCUAAUGCAAUUGCUGCUCUUGCCUUAGAUGGAACUUCAGUACAUCAUGAACUAUGCAGCUUAUUCCACAACCUGUUCAUCCUGCAGAUUACACUUCAAGGAUAAGUCAGGGUUAUUUUUUUUACAUAUGAAUAACACUGUUAAACACUGGGUCUGGGAAGGGCAGCAGAGCCGAGUUCUGGAUGGAGCAAAGGUCCAAAUUUACUUCCUUUUGCAACUGCAUCCAUAUCUCCCCAGAAGAGACAAACGAACAGUGUGAUCAUCCACGUUCACUUCCCCAAAGCUUCCCUCUCUUUCUGCUGCCAAGGAACAGCAAUUACAGACAAAAUCAGCCAGAAUCAAUAUAAUUCCUGUGGCCUUUCUUCAACCUAGUUCUCACUGUGAGAACUGCAGUGCCUUUUGUCAGUAGUGUUAGGCACGUAAUAGAAAUACUUGAGUCAAUAUUUGGAUAGUCAAAGGCAAAUUUCAUUUUGACCACAUGCCUCAACUUAGUGCUUUUUUACCAAGAUCUGAGGCUUUAAUAGUGUUAAUGUGCAUGAGAAACAGCUGUAAAACAGUACAUUCAGAUUAUGAGAUAAUUAGCCUGUACUUUUUUAUGCCCUGACCAGCUUCCUGAGGGUUUUUUCUCUAAGCUGAUGGUGCUGUUAACAAUUCACAGACUAUUUUUGAAUCAACUCAGCAAAUAAUGAUACCAACAUACUUACGUACAGAAUUAUUUCUGCAGAUAACUUCAUGCUCAGGCCUUUACUGUAGCUUGUGGGGAGAGAACCAGUAGCAGAGGUGGGUACUUCUUGCCUAGCCCCAGUAACACUAUUGGCAAUAUUACUACCUCAACUAAUAAAAGUUUAUAAAAGAAUACCAAGUUUCAGUGCACGAGGAAAGAUUGUAGGUCCUAUGUGUUCAACUGAGAUGAAGGAGUGCUGACUGACAGCCUUCUAGGAUAGCAGCAAGCUUACUUGUGUUCCAGUGGAAUAAAAGGUCACACUUCCAUAAUGAACUAAAGAAAGUAUGGGAUGACCAAUUUUAACUUUAAAAGUAGAAAAGGCUGUGGUGUGAAGUUUAGUCCUGAGCCUUUUCUGUAAGAAAACCCCCAACAAACCAAAAUCAACAACAAAAACAAACAAGCAGCAAAAUAAAAUUUAACAUUAAAAU